AUGUGUGGAAGAUUUGCGCUAGGAGUGAAUUUGAACGAGUUACCAUCGCAAUUUAAUAAUACGGUGUUUUCUCAUGAACAACAUGAGGAAUUGACUGAAUCGUCACCAGGGAUUUAUGAGGGUAGUAUUAGAGGAUCAGAAGAUGAUAUGAGACGAGUUCAAUUUGACUUUACCCGAGUCAAUCAAUGGGAUGGCAGUUAUAAUAUUGCUCCCACCAAUACGGCCAUAGUAAUUUAUAUGGUAAAUACCAUUAGUAAUAAUAAUUUAGAUUAUAAAUAUGUAGUGGAACUGCUGAAGUUUGGGCUAGUCCCAUUUUGGGCAAAACCUCAAGAUCCAGCAGCCACUGAAAGAGAUGGCAAGAAAGGUAAUGAAUAUUCAAAAGAAUUACAAAGAACUCAGGCUCGAUAUUUCAAUUGUCGUAAAGAAAGUUUACUGAGUGGUCAAGCGGUAUGGAAUAGUUGUAAAAAGAGAACCAGAUGUGUGGUACCCAUUCAAGGAUAUUUCGAAUGGUUAAAGCCCAAAGGAUCUAAACUUAAAAUACCAAACUAUGUUCAUUCUACUAAGAGUCCAAUAAUAUACUUGGCAGGAAUGUAUUCUCAUAAUACCAACUAUAAGAGUAAUUACAAUGUUAACGAUGAAUAUUUAUCGUCUUUUACUAUAUUAACAGGACCAGCAACAAGAGAAGAUCUUGGAGAUAUUUCAUGGUUACAUGAUAGGAAACCUAUACUUUUAGAACCUGAUACAAAAGCUUGGUAUGAUUGGUUAAAUCCUGAUCAGGAGUUACUGGAGAAAGUACUUGAAGAAAUUCUUAAUACUAAAACCAAUAAAGCUUAUGUUGAUAUUGAAGGUUACGAAGUAUCUAAGGAUGUUGGGAACCCAUCCAAUAAGCUGAAGGGAUUAAUCGAAAAGGUCAAAAAGAAUAAGCCUAUCACACUGUUCUUUUCAGCUAAUAAGAAGAGAAUAAAAACUGAUGAUGAUGAAGAUGAUGAUGAUAGUCAUCAACAUAAGAAGAUCAAGAAAGAGGAUGCCAACGAAUAUGCUAAAGCUACAGAACAUAAGGAUAGUAAAGUGAAACGUGAGGUUGAACAAUAA